AAAUCUAUCCCUUUCUACCAUUUUGUUCUACUGUUACUUCUCCCCUCAAAACCCAGAUCUGAAAAUCCCCAAAACUAGAAUACCCACAAAACCCAAGAGGCCCCAACCUUAACUUUUCCAACAUGGCUAAGGACGGAAUGAAGGUGAAAACAAGGUUGGUGGCAGAUCUAGGAUUGGUAGUUUUGGAGAAAAUGGAGGUCGGAGAAGGGCAAUCAGAGAAAAUGGAGGUUGGUGCCAUUUUGGAGAAAAUGGAGGUUGAUGCAAUUUUGAUCUUAGAGUUAAUAGUAAAUGAAGGAUUAGUAGGGGAGGAAAGUUUGUUGUUACCUAGGCUUGAAACCCUAACUCUUGAAGGCCUUCCCAAACUCACAAGAUUCUGCUCUGGAAAUUACUUUGAGUUCCCCUUCCUAAGAUGCCUUCAUAUAAUCAAGUGCCCUCUGUUGGAGACGUUCAUCUCUAGUUCUAAUGUUGGGGAAACGAGUCACAUGACAGAAAGUAAAAUAGUAGAAAGUACUUUUACAUCACUGCUCUUUGAUGCAAAGGUGGGAUUCCCUAGAUUGAAGCACCUUGUACUCAAAGAUAUGGAAAGCUUGAACUUGAUAUGGGACAACCAACUUGAUGCAGGGAGCUUCCACAAGCUAGAUCAGCUUUUGAUACUUGCUUCAGAACUUCUGAGUUAUCAGAGAACAUGCAGAGAGAACCAACUUGAAAACCAUGAUCAAUGCCCUCUAUUCUUGAUCAAUGUAACCGUGAUGGAGUGUCCAAGUAUACGGACUUUCUCUGAGGGAGAAGUGAGUACACCAAAAUUGCAGAAAGUGAAAUUGACAGAAAAUUCAACAGAUGAAGGAAUUUGGCAGGAAGGUAGCCUUAACCGCACACUACAACAGUUGUUCACAAAAAAGAGUGGUGAUGACGGUGAAGAAGACUGGUCUGAUGCUUUGCAUAAGCUGUUCAAUUAGGAUGAUGUUUCCGAGGAGAGUGGAUUCUCUGAUGCCAUCAACUUGUCUGAUAUAUUAGAUACAUCUUUUAUACAAGUUGCUAUAUAUAUAUAUAUAUAUACAUUGAUGAUACUUUCUUCCUUGUAGGUUGUAUGGUGCACUCCUAAUUAAGCUGGAUUUCAACG